AUGGUUCGCGUUACUGCACCUCAAACAACAUCUACUAUAAUGCCUACUGAUCCAGAGGAACAAACAAUAUUGAAUGAUUCAGCUGGAACAAUGGUUAGUAGUGGACCACCUCCUAAUGAUUUUCUCAUACAUCCUAAUAUCAAUUUAAUCGAAGGAAUAAAUCGAGACUAUGAAAUUCCAAAUUUAUGCACAUAUAAAAAAAUUGAAGCAUUACUUGAAAAAAUGCAAGAUGAAAAUACUGGCCUACCAAUAAAAUCUGUCAAAAGUUUUAUGUCAAAAAUUCCUAGUGUUUUUACCGGUGGAGAUUUAAUACAAUGGAUUUUGAAGACACUCGAUGUCGAUGAUACUACUGAAGCUUUGCAUUUAGCCAAUCUUAUGUCAUCUUGUGGCUAUAUUUUACCAAUUGAAGACCAUGUAUUAACAGUAAAAAACGAUGGUACUUUCUAUCGAUUUCAAACUCCUUACUUUUGGCCAUCGAAUCACGGCGAACCCGAUAAUAUUGAUUAUGCUGUAUAUUUAUGUAAACGAACGAUGCAAAAUAAAACUCGAUUAGAAUUAGCUGAUUAUGAAGCAGAAAAUUUAGCCCGACUGCAAAAGUUAUUUGCUCGUAAAUGGGAACUUAUUUAUAUGCAAGCCGAAGCACAAAUAAAAGUUGAUAAAAAACGUGAUAAAGUUGAACGAAAUGUUCUUGAUUCUCAAGAGCGUGCUUUUUGGGAUGUUUAUCGACCAGCACCUGGUUGCGUUAAUAUGAGUGAACAAGAUAUUAAAAAAUUAAUGCGACGAAAAGCAGCAUUUUUAAGUUCUCAUCCAUUAUCGGCAACUAUAAGAAAGUGGUCAGCAGCAUCAGCACCGAACACAGGCCCAGCGUCUGCGCUUGCAGCUGCUGCCAAUAAAAAUUUCAUAACAAUGACUGUUGGAUUAUUGUCAACAGGACCAACAGCUACAACAAAUCAAGCACACAAUCGACCAACAACUUUACGAGAAUGUGAUGAAGCAGCGUUAAUUGAUCAAUUAUGUCAUGAAAUUGAAUUUCUUAAACGUCGUAUUGAUAGACGAUGUUUAAGAACGUCAAAAGUUUGUGAAAAUUAUGUUUCAUAUUUUGAACAAUAUGCAGAAUUUGAUCCAUUUAUAACAUCAUGUGAACCAUCAAAUCCUUGGAUAGUUGAUUCGAUGGAUCUAUGGGAAUUAGAAAAAUUGGGUAAUGCUAAAGAAAUUUCAUCACGACGUGUUAAACGAUGGGGUUUUUCAAUAAAUGAAUUACUAAAAGAUCCGAUUGGUCGUGAUCAUUUUAUGAAAUUUCUUGAUAAAGAAUAUUCAAGUGAAAAUUUAAGAUUUUAUGAGGCAUGUAUACAAUUACGUUUUCAUACUUCACAAAAGGAUGUACUUAAAAGAGUACAUGAGAUUUAUAAUGAAUUUCUUUCACCAGGUGCUUAUUAUUCAAUUAAUAUUGAUCAACGUGUCAUGAAUGUAACAAAAAAUAACAUGACACAUUUUCCUAGUCGAUACACAUUUGAUGAAGCUCAGGAUCACAUCUUCAAUUUGAUGAAUCGUGAUACAUAUGCUCGAUUUUUACGUUCUGAAGCUUAUAAAGAAUUAUUAUUAGGUGGAAAAAAGAAAGUACGUAAUAGUCUAUGA